UCUCUUUCCUUCCCCUCCUGCUCAUUACAGAGAGUGGCAGCCACCGCGAAGGUCGUGUUUCCUGGGCUCCGGAAUCCUCCCGCUGUCUUCAUCUUGGACUGGCUGCCUGACUGGUCGUGCUGAGCCUCUGGCCUGGGCCGGACGCCUGAGUUCUCUGAGACCUAGAAGGAAGGAGAUCGGACGGCCCUUCUCAGGCUUCUCGCGGCUGGCUGCGGGAAUCCUUAGAGCCUUUUCCUAGCGGUCCUUUUCUUAGAGCCGGCUUUAGGGAGGAGGCCACAGAACCAGAAGCCCCAGAGAACCCUGAGCCCCCUGCUCGAGCCCCAAGCCCAGAGGACGCCUGGCUGAAGUUCGAGUGACUGAGUCCGAAGCUCGGAGGCGGCUAACAUUUGCCCAGGUUGUUCCCAUAGCGCCGAAGGGACAGCCUCUCUUUCCGCGGUACACCAGACCCGUACCGAAGAGAGAGCGAGAGAAAGGACUCAGGGGGAGACCACGGCUGGCCUCCCUGAAGCCCGACGGGACAUGAUCUUCUGCAUCCACGGACCCCGUCCUUUACUGGAAGAAGAGAGGAUUGGUGGGUUGACGGUAGCUGGGCUAGCUGAAUUACCAGAGCCAGUCAUGCAGCCCCUUUCUGUGACCCCCUUCCAAGAGGAGGAGGAGGAGGCACCAGCCCCAAUGGAGAAUGAGUUGCAUCAAGUUCGUGACCCUGAGGAAGACUUGUUAUGCAUCGCCAAGACAUUCACCUACCUGCGGGAAUCUGGUUGGUACUGGGGAUCUCUCACAGCGGGUGAGGCCAAACAGCACCUUCAGAAGAUGCCUGAAGGCACUUUCCUGGUACGGGAUAGUACCCACCCCAGCUAUCUGUUCACACUCUCCGUCAAGACCAACAGGGGCCCCACCAACGUUCGCAUAGAGUACGCUGACAGCAAGUUCCGGCUGGAUUCAAACUGUCUGUCCAAGCCACGGAUUUUGGCCUUCCCGGAUGUGGUCAGCCUCAUCCAGCAUUAUGUCACAUCUUGCACAACUGAUGGCAAGAAUGAUACCCCCUACCCAUCCCCUGCCUCGCUCCUGCCCAGCCACAAGGACACGGUGCCCACCACGGCAGCAGUGGCAGCUGUCCACCUAAAACUCAUCCAGCCCUUUGUCAGGAAGAGCAGUGCCCCGAGCCUUCAGCACUUAUGUCGGCUCACCAUCAACAGGCUCACUGCCGAGGUUGACCAACUGCCUCUGCCUAAGCGGAUAGGGGACUAUCUCAGGCAAUACCCUUUCCAGCUCUGAGACAGAACCUGAUAUCUAUCAGUCUUGGAAGACCUGCGAAGACCAGGAAGCCCCCUCAUUUGUCCUUUUACAGAAACCCUACCCAAUAAGACACAGACCUCACAAGUCCAACAGGUGUGGAUUAUGGCAACUACAUUUUGGGGAUUGGGAAUGCCCCUUUCCCUCUCCUCCUCCCCUAAUUUCUGCCCAUCCCUGUGGGGAGCAAGGUGCUUGGUCUGUGUCUGCAGACCUGGGGACCCAAGACCAGGAUGAGAGAAACUAUGCCUGAAGUUCCCAGGGGCCAGACCAUGGCCAUAGAUAGGACUGGGCUUCUGCCUCUAUUUAUUUUCCUGGCCACAUUGGGGAACUGUUGCAGUGGGGGGGGGGGGGGGAGUCAUAUUCCCAUUCUUCUGUGCCAGGAUAUGGGACCAUCUGAAACUCAGACUGGGGUUCCUCUCUGACUUAGUUACAUAUGUGCCAACUACCUGAACCAUACAAUCUUGGCUCCUUCUCUACCUUGGGGAAGAGGCCAGAACAGAGAAGCUCACCUAUGAUCAGCCUUCUCCAAAGACAGGCAGUCAAGCCUGCUCACCACACACCACCCACCUCCAGUCCCAACCCAGAGAACACUACCUGACUGGUCAAGCUUGCCAAUGAACAUUACUCAUCAGGAAGGAGGCAACAGAAAUUCUCUUUUCUUCCCUUGCCGUCUAUCCUCCUUCCAUGGGACUUACCAGUCCUGGUGUCCCAUGGUUCUCACACCCAUCAGUAAAGUCUGGGAAAGAGGGAAAAAUGGGGGUCCACAGGAGAGAAGUGAAGGGGCCUUUUGGCUUGAGGCCAAAAGGGACCCAACUGUUUUUCAGUAUUUAUUUAUUUAUUCUUUUUGUUUGUUUGUUUGUAGUUCAAUAAUACCAGAGCAGGGCCUAGAUUCAGCAAGCUGGCCUCAGCCUGUCUCAGGUACCUGCUCCUCUGAUCUUCAGGGCUCUCCAAAGUGUCCUGAGAUCCAAUUCUUUUAGUUUUCUCUGAUGUGGCAAAGCCCUUCUUCUUACAUGAAGUCUAACCAAAUCAGUGCCAGUAAAUGAAGCUCCUCCCCCACCGUGAGGACCAGUUUCCCAUCUCCUUAACCCUCUGGAAGGUGUCUUCCCCACAGAGAUAGAAGGCCCGUACCUCCAUGGAUCUGAAUUCAGUUAAGGCUGAGGGCCCUGCUUCCAUUCUGGCCCUCCUGCCUGAAUCUCAGACAGAAGAAAUUUUGCACCCUCCCAUGCAGUGCCCUGGUCCUCUCUCAAGGCCCCAGAGGCUGGAAUGGCAAGCUGUUUUCUUGCACAUUGAACAGAUCACUGGAGGGCAGGGUCUUUCUGGGGUGGGGUUGGGGGUGGGUGCAUUUUGAAUAGUUCAUCUGUGACUGUAACCUCAUUUCCCUUUCCUUAGGGACCCUGGGAAGGUGAUUUAGCUUAGUUACACAGAGAGAAUUGUAAAUCUGAUUUACAAAGAAACUUUUUAAAAAUAAUAAUAAUUAUUAGAAUAAAAUUACUAUUGUAG